AUGCCAGAGCAUGAUGGCCUGAUGCGUAUAUUUUGGCCCAUCGACAUUGCGAGGUCGGAGCACCCUGGCGUUGUGGUGGGGUGGAAGAACUCGCCUCUCGAUGUCUUUGUCGUCGCCAUCCUGGAAGACGCAGACGUGCAGCAUGUUGAGUUCGCCCUCAAGGUCGGAACGUUCUUCCGAAGCAGCUCGCACCCGGUCUCGCGCAUCUAUGAGCUAUGCGGCCAGCCGAGCAUGCACGUCCUAGGCUUGUCCAAUGCUGUCGAUAACAGCCCCGAGAUCGACCCGUCCUGGGUCCGUGUCGCAACAGGCCCGGGCCUGCGCAUGCCCCAGGUCACCUGCGCCCGGUCCUCCAACAUCCAGCUUGUCCUGUUUCGACGGCCCCUCCCGCACAGCAUGCAGUACAUAUCCCUCAACCCCAUCUCGCUGGCCCUCGAAGAUUGCUACGACAGCUCGGGAGGCAGCCGAACAGAACCGACAGACGAAAUCGAGGCUGAAGAUGAAAGGAAGGAGCGGCUGCGCAAAGAGAAGUAUCAGCAGCUUCUGUCCAAGCUUAAGCUGCAUUCCGUGGUGAGGCGCACGCCGUCGCCCAAGGAACGCGCCCUCCCACGGAUCGUCAACCAGAUCAACUGGUCGUGGGAGCUCGAGAGGCUGCUGCAGAAGAACGUGUCGCGCAUCGGAACCCGGUCGAAGCGUGUCCUCAGCAUGUCCGAACGUGUUGUAGAGUCGGCCACCACAAUGAAGGACAAUGUAGUCCACUGGAUCUGGGAAUUCAUCAUGAUGUAUGUGGUGCCCGUCAUAACGCGCAUCUUCGUGCUGGGACUCCUAGGCCAUCGAAUCGCUGCUGAGAUGCUGCUGCUCGUUCUAGAGUGGCGGGCGCGGCCGAGAUACGCCGCUCUCAAAGACAGUUCGGCUACGGCGCAGCAGGUAGAAAUCCGGCUUCUGCAGUUCUGCUACUGGCCUAUGCAGUACGUCACUUUGCGCCAGCGCAAGAACGACUGGGAAAGCGUGACGACCAGCCAUCCGGACUACAUUCGUUUUUACAACAGCCUCUGGCUGGUGGCUAACGACGUCAUCAUUGGCAUCGCUCUGGGCUCGUACAUUAUCGACAACGCCGGAUGGGUCGCCGAGCAAAUUAGUAACCUACUGAGCACAUACACGGUGGAGGCCCUGCAGAGGAGCAUAUCGUGGCUGAUGGGGUGGCCGGCCGGCCUGAAGCUCAAUGGCGAGCUGGCCGCUUUUCUAGGAGACUUGUUUCUAUGGGUUAUUGACUAUUGGGCGAACUGCAUCGAGGCGCUCCGUCCGGCGCUGCCUCAGAUCAUUUGGUUCAUCGGCUUCUCCAGCUUUGCUGGGGCCAGCAUGCCGAUUGCCCUCUUUUCCGACCUUCUUUCCAUUUUGACGAUCCAUAUAUAUUCAUUCUACCUCGCAUCGGCGCGUAUAUACCACUGGCAGCUGUCCAUCUUGAUAUCGCUGUUCCACCUUUUCCGGGGCAAAAAACACAACGUCUUACGAAACCGGAUCGACUCCUGUGAUUAUGACCUGGACCAGCUACUGGUCGGCACCAUCCUGUUCACCUUUCUCUUUUUCCUCCUACCGACCGUCGUCGUGUUCUACCUUAAUUUUGCUAUUGCUCGAAUGGUCAUUAUCACGUUGAAGGCUGUUUUUGACACCCUUCUCGCUUUCCUCAACCACUUCCCUCUGUUUGCCCUCAUGCUUCGGGUCAAGGAUCCAAGGCGCCUCCCGGGUGGCAUUCGUUUUGAGCUUCGAGAUACCUAUAACUUUAUGACCGCAUCACCCACUGCUUCAUCGCCAAGCAUUCCGUCCACCUCCAUUAUUUUCCUCAAGCCUAUUCCUCUGUCUUUCAAGGCGAUGUUCCAUCAGUAUUUUCGCAUGGGCUCACGUAUCCGCAAACACUACGUCUCGCCGCGCGUACUACUCUGCCUCUUGACCGGCAAGUUUGUACCGCCGAUCAAUCGCAAGAAUCUGUACAGCCUACAAUACAGCAUGCUCCCGACUCGGCGAACGGGAAUCUGGGAGAUGUGGGAGGCACUCAAGUCUUUGCCUCCACCCAAGGCCAAACGUAUGGUCUUUCCGCGACUAAAUACCAGCAGAAAGUACCCAGGACAAAAUGGAAGUAGUGGUCGGUCACGAUCGUGA